CGGCUGGAGGCGGCGCGGGGAGCCAUGGCCGACAGCCGCUCCAGAGCCCCCGCGGCUUGGCGCCUGGCCCAGGGCUGCUGGUCUGCGUUUUGGGACUACGAGACGCCCAAGGUGAUCGUGGUGCGCAACCGGCGCCUGGGGAUCGUGUACCGUGCGGUGCAGCUGUUGAUCCUGCUCUACUUCGUGUGGUGCGCAGGGUGGGCCGGGUCCUGCCUGCGCCUCUCGGAGCCAGCCCCACCCUGCAGGUACGUGUUCAUCGUGCAGAAGAGCUACCAGGACAGCGAGACGGGUCCGGAGAGCUCCGUCAUCACCAAGGUCAAGGGGAUCACAGAGUCCGAACACAAAGUGUGGGACGUGGAGGAGUAUGUGAAGCCCCCCGAGGGGGGCAGCGUGUUCAGCAUCAUCACCAGGAUCGAGGUCACCCCCUUCCAGACCCUGGGCACCUGCCCGGAGAGCAUAAGGGUCCCUAACGCCACCUGCUACUCGGAUGCCGACUGCAUGGCUGGAGAGCUAGACAUGCUGGGCAAUGGGUUGCGGACGGGGCGCUGCAUACCCUAUUAUCACGGGGUGGCCAAGACCUGCGAGGUGUCUGGGUGGUGCCCUGUGGAGGACGGGGCCGCAGUCAGUCACUUCCUGGGCAAGAUGGCCCCCAACUUCACCAUUCUGAUCAAGAACAGCGUCCACUACCCCAAGUUCCAGUUCUCCAAGGGCAACAUUGCACACCGGGAGGACGACUACCUGAGGCGUUGCACCUUCGACCAGGGCUCCGACCCCUACUGCCCCAUCUUCCGGCUGGGCUUCAUCGUGGAGCAGGCAGGGGAGAACUUCACGGAGCUGGCACACAGGGGUGGCGUCAUUGGGAUCGUCAUCAACUGGGACUGUGACCUGGACCUGCCUGCAUCUCAGUGCAACCCCAAGUACUCUUUCCGGAGGCUCGACCCCAAGCACAUCCCUGCCUCCUCAGGUUACAACUUCAGGUUUGCCAAGUACUACCGGGUAAACAGCACCACCACCCGCACGCUCAUCAAGGCCUAUGGGAUUCGCAUUGACGUCAUUGUGCACGGUCAGGCAGGAAAGUUCAGCCUGAUUCCCACCAUCAUCAACCUGGCCACCGCACUGACCUCCAUCGGGGUGGGCUCCUUCCUGUGCGACUGGAUCUUGUUAACAUUCAUGAACAAAAAUAAGGUCUACAGCCACAAGAAAUUUGACAAGGUGUGUGCGCCACGAAGGCCCUCCAGCAGCUGGCCAGUGACGCUUGCCCUUGUUUUGGGCCAGGCGCCUCCCCCAGCCAGUCACUGCUCCCAGGACCUGGCACCUGGCCCUGGCCAGCAGGGCCCACAAAGGGCAGCACCAAGCAAAUCUGUUUGUCCCCCACAACCCCACACCACCUCUGCCCUGUCUGAGCAGGUGGAUCCCCCUGACCAACAUGGGGGACAAGGGCUCCCCACCUCUGAGUCGCUCCAGCAGGACUCCACACCCACAGAUCCCAAAGGUUUGGCCCAGCUCUGAACUCCUGGUCCUCACUGUGCUGUGGACCUGGGUUCCAAAGUCCCUGCCCAGCUGCUCUGGCAUACCCCACAGCCACAUCUUGAUGCCCUGGCAGCCCAGGGGCAGGAGCCCUGAGCAAAAGAGCCUUUCCCCCCGCAGUCUGCAGACAGGUGGGGUUUGUGUCAACUCAACACACUCCAGGGGACCCCGCAUCACAGCUGAGUUCUGAGGAGCUGUCUGUGCUCUUGACCCCGCGCCCCAGCACUUCAACUCUGCCCAAACACUUCCCUUGGAAGUCACAGCAU